CUACAACUGUGGUCAUCAGCAGCCAGCCGACAAUCGCCCUCGGCAACAUCCAUCAAUGGCGACAGUAGCAUCACAUCACCAACAAUCCCCUCAAACUCGUUGGCUCGCGUCCUGGGUGGAAGACGUAAAGUCUGCGACAACGCGCGCCACUCGGAAGCGCCCCGCUAUGUCUUCCCCUCCACGGAGCCCAAGUCCAACGAAGCGACCACGACGUCAACCCGGUACUUACAGGGACGACGUAGCCUCUACAGAAUCAUGCGCACAAUCCAUGUCAGACGCCGAACACCAGAAUCCAGAUGACACGGCGUCGACGCCACGACCAUCACGAGGACGCGUCUUCGACACAGUUGCAAGAGCGCAGCCCGCACCAUCACUUGUCUCAUCCCCAUCGUCCAAUUCGAUUACCUCGCUUGCGUCAUCAACAACUUCUCAGCGCUCGCGCACGAGUAUCAGCCCGCGCAAACGAGCCCUAGCUUUGCUACAGGCUGACGACCUGCCUAUUGUGUCGUAUCCGAUGAGCAACAUUCAUAGUCAUGCAGGCAUGACCACGGCGACACGCAACCUCCUCGAGGAUUUGACAAAGAUUCGGGCACGGCAAGGUAUCUUUCCUCAGCAACUGAAGCAGCACAUCCAGGAAACCAGCGAUCCACUCGUCGAUGCCAUUGGAGACUACAUGUUUUCGAUCGACAAAGCAGACACCACUCCAACAUUAUCGACUUCACUUGAUGCUCCGCUCACCGUUGCAGCAAGCUCAGGUAUCCUGGAUCGGCUGUUCGCGCAUCGGUCUAUCAUCGAGGUCGUGGCAGCCAGCAACUUCUGCGCAGACCCCAUUCGACCGGUCAAUGAGGCGGGAUGGAAUGAUAGAGUACAUGCACGAGUUUUGGACAUGGCACUCAAGGAGGCAACAUGCCUUCUUUUUCACAACAUCACCACUGUCAGCCCAGCUCACGAUUUCCGUGAUCCGAAUCCCACAUUAAAAGACAGCAAGAUUGAUUACGGUAUAUUCCUCUCGCCGUCUUCAACAGAGCCACUCAAGGACGCUUUCGAUUCUUUCCUCCGUGCUAGGCGGGGUCCUGUUGGUUUUCCAGUUCGGCAAUUGAAUGCCCUCCAUCAGUUCGAAUCCGACCGCCCGAUGAGUGUGGGCAUUGAGACCAAACGCGAGCAUGGUGGUGAUGCCCAAGGCUCCAAUCAGCUGGCGAAUUGGGCUCGCAUCCACUUCCGCCAUCUUCGGAGCAUACUCCGUGCAGUCGCUCCAAGAAAAAAACCGUUUCCGACUGAUAUCUUGACGCUUCCUCUAAUCGCAGUGGAGGGCGCGAGAUGGGAUCUCAAGCUGGCUUUCUACCGGCCGUCAGGCUCUGGCGAACAAACUACUGGCACGGUGGUGAUAUAUGAUCGGGUGUCUCUUGGUUCAACUGCGUCCGUCACCGACUGUUACGCCUUGCUGUGUGCCUUACGCAGAUUGGGUACGUGGUGUGAAGAUGCCUAUGCUGUAGCUUGGAAAGAUCUGUUACACGACAACGAAAGACCAGGAUAACACCAACCACAACCAGAGGGGGAAUGUACUCUAAAGUGAAUAAUCUACCAAGUCCUGCAAUGCCGUGUCCAGUCUCGCCUGCUUCACGUCGCUCCGUGACAUGUAGGCAGUCACUGCCUUUCCCUAGAUCCCAUCCUUCCACACUCCUGAUGACGUGCUUCGCUUCAGGGGUUUCGACGCGCUUCUUGGUGAUGGGAGGAUGAACUCUGUCUACCUCACCGAAACUGCGCUGAGUGAUCAUGCCAUCCAAGGCUUAACGAUAAGGCCAGACCUGUCGGGUAGCCUUAAUUGACAUGACCUUGAAAUGCUCAAUCACGGCUUCCGAGAUUGCAGGUUGACCUCGCUUG